AUGCCUUGUGCACUUCAGAAGCAGGUCGACGAGUUCAAUGCUAACAUGACAAAUAUAAGGAAAGAAAUCAAACGGAAUGUCACUAACCUGAUCGACAAUCUCCCCUCCGCUCACGAGCGGCUUUCCAAAAUCAUGGAAAACGAGGAUCAAACUCGUGCAGAGCGAAGACGAGCACUUGACGAAUUGCAUGCACAGAAUCAAAGGAAUGAUCGGAUUUUUGUUACGCCUCACAACUGA